AUGUCGUCUGCUAAUGAUCAUGCACAAUUGAAUGACCUUGAAUGCCCCAUGUGCAUAAUCACCGGCUGUCAGGGCGAUAAGUUCAAAGCCCGCGAGCUUCCGUCCUGCGACAUACGACAAACCAUCAAGACGAUGCGCAAGUCAGAAAGGGAGGAACUGGUUAAUGAAUUGGCGAGCAGGUUGAUGUCGUCUAUGGUGGACGAUCUGGUGCUCGACGCGACCAUACAAGCGCAUCAAGAAAUUGCGCGGAGUAGGGCGAUCUGCUCGGUGUGUCAUACCCGAUGUGCAGCAGUCCAUGUACCUGGUCCUUCUAAUAUCCAGACACAAACAACUGCGGGCUCAUCGAGAGCUGGUACGCCGAUGUCAGUUGGCAACGGUUCUGACAGUGGGGCAUACACGCCGGGCAACUCGAAGUCUGAGGGUGUCGUCAAUCUAGAGUGCAUGAACUGUGAUAGACAGGUUGCGUUCAACCGCUACGCCAAUCAUCUGAGCCAAUGCAUGGGCGUGAACGGGAGCUCGCGAAGGGGGUUGUCGAGAGCUGGUAGCAAUACCUCCAAAUCAAAAGCUCUCGGGGAACCAUCCCGAUCAAUGUCCCCUGCUUCAGACUUUGGGAAUAUCUCGGAUGAUGCUAAGAAGGGCGGGAACAAACGUACAGUGAAGACGAAAGGCAAGCGCGAUGAAGCGGAAUUCGACCUUAAAAGAAAGCGACCCAAUUCACCUCAAACCUCCCCCGUUAAGAAACCAAAGAAGAAGGCUACAGCGUCACCUGUGUCACGCCUGAAGUCGGAUUUGGAUAACAAUGGUCUACCAUCCAACCAAAUUCCUCAACUACCAUCGACGAAUUCGAUAUCCCGAGUCCCUUCCAAGCUCCGUGCUUCAUCUACUUCAACUUUUUUAGAUCGAUCUCCUUCAUCGUCUCGGUCGUCUUCUCCAGAUGUGGCAUCUGUAGCUACAAUUGCCACAUCAUCAUCUUUCUCUGGCCCUCGGAGUCCAGGCUUUUCCAGUAAGGGCAUAUUCAAUAAACCACCGAAGAAAGUUACUGGGACCGGCCCGCCAAGGAGACUGAGUCCUCCUAGGCCACCUCCACCGCCGGCGGUGCCAUUAGACUAUGCAAUAGGCGAGUGGAACCCCUUAACGCGGCUUCAUUAA